ACCGACGCUCAGCGGGGCGUAAACUCCCAGAUGCGCGUGCGCGUGCGCAUGCGCAGAAGCAGGAGCGGGUCUGUUGCGGAGUAAGUGGAGGUGCUGGCGGGGCCGCCAUGGAGAGGAAAGUCCUGGCACUUCAGGCGAGGAAGAAGAGGGGAAAGGCGAAGAAGUCCAGCAAAAAGCCAGAUCCCCAUCCCAGGGGUGCCUCUCAGCAGGCAGAAUCCCCUCCUCCAGAACCAGAGGAGGAGAUCCUGGGCUCAGAUGAUGAGGAGCAGGAGGACCCCAACGAUUACUGCAAGGGUGGCUAUCACCACGUCAAGGUGGGCGAUCUGUUCAACGGGAGGUACCAUGUGAUCCGCAAGCUUGGCUGGGGCCACUUCUCCACCGUGUGGCUCUGUUGGGACAUCCAUGAAAAGCGCUUUGUGGCCAUGAAGGUGGUGAAGAGUGCCGAGCACUACACUGAGACAGCUCUGGAUGAGAUCAAGCUUCUGCGCUCGGUCAGAAACACGGACCCCGCUGACCCCAACCGGGAAAAAGUGGUCCAACUGCUCGAUGACUUCAAGAUUUCUGGCACCAACGGCACUCAUGUAUGCAUGGUGUUUGAGGUGCUUGGUCACCACCUGCUGAAAUGGAUCAUCAAGUCCAACUAUCAGGGUUUGCCUCUGCUGUGUGUGAAGAGCAUUAUUCGACAGGUUCUUCAGGGUUUGGAUUAUUUACACACAAAAUGUAAAAUCAUCCACACUGACAUCAAGCCGGAGAACAUCCUGAUGACUGUGACGGACUCAUACGUGCGGAGACUCGCAGCCGAGGCCACAGAGUGGCAGCGUUCUGGCGCCCCACCACCGUCCGGCUCUGCAGUGAGCACAGCACCACCCCCUAAACAGGCAAUAAAGAUCUCCAAGAACAAGAAGAAGAAACUGAAGAAGAAGCAGAAGCGGCAGGCGGAGCUGCUGGAGAAGCGCAUGCUGGAGUUGGAGGAGAUGGAGCGGACUCGACCGGAGGCAUGCGAGGAUGAGGAGGAGGAAGAGGAACUCGAGGGACCCCCCUGUGCCCCCUUGAAACAGGCCACACUGCAGGAUAUUGCCAGUGAGGUCACAGAAGAUGACGCUGUUGUGGAGAUGAACUGCAAUGGUCAUGCCUCAAACUCCUGUGCCAAGCCGCAGGUGGACGGUGGAGAAGAGGAGAAUCUCCCCAGUACUGCCUGCAGUCUUCAAGUGGAACUUCAGCCUUGCAACGGUGACCAGCCACCCAGUAACAGUAACGGACUGGUGCCUGGAGGCGCUGGCGAACCUUCGGAGGCCAGCGGACCACAACAGGAUAGGUGGCAGUCAAAGGAGGGGACAAUGGGUGGAGCCAAGGAGAACCUACACAGUGUGCCUGCAGCCAAGGUGUCAGCAGGGCAACUGCUCAUCAAUCCCCUGGAGCCGGACAACGCGGAGAAGAUCCAUGUGAAGAUUGCUGACUUGGGUAACGCCUGCUGGGUGCACAAGCACUUCACUGAGGACAUUCAAACACGACAGUAUCGCUCUCUCGAGGUGCUCAUCGGGGCUGGAUAUGGACCACCAGCAGACGUCUGGAGCACGGCCUGCAUGGCGUUCGAGCUGGCAACCGGGGACUACCUGUUCGAACCCCAUUCAGGGGAGGACUACUCAAGAGAUGAAGACCACAUUGCGCUGAUCAUUGAGCUGCUGGGAAGAGUUCCUCGCAAGCUCAUUGCUGCGGGCAAGUACUCCAAGGAUUUCUUCACCAAAAAAGGGGACCUGAGGCACAUCACCAAGCUGAAGCCAUGGGGCCUGCGCGAUGUGCUGGUGGACAAGUACGAGUGGCCACUCUCUGAGGCCCAGGCCUUUACCGCCUUCCUGCUGCCCAUGUUGGAGUUACUCCCUGAGAAGAGAGCCAGUGCUGCCGAGUGCCUGCUCCACCCGUGGUUCUCAGAAACUCACCUUGACCUUGGCUCCAGUGACCUUCCCGUAACCCCUGCCUUUACACCUGAUGACCCUGCAGAACUCCCUGACCCGACCUCUGAUGACCCUACUGAAACCCCUGACCUGACCCCUGAUGAUCCAACUGAAACCCCUUCCUUGAGCAGUACUGACCUCACUGUGACCCCAGGUGACCUGCAGUGACCUUUUAGUGAACCUCUGAGCAGUGGCCUCUAUGGCAGAGACAUUGGAAGGCUGUCAGCCGUAACGCAUUUGAAUAAUGUACUUUUUAUUUUUUCUCUUUUGAUAUUAACUGGGUAUUACUUGAGUAAGGUUAUUUUGUCUUCUUAUUGAGUUAGAGUUGAGCCGUUGGGGUGUGUCCCUGCUCCUGCAGCUCUCUGGUGGCCAGGAAUCAGUCUUUCCUCUAACUAGGGUUUCUCUGCUUGGUUUGGCUCCUGACCUUUGGAUGAGACACCGCAACGUGUUCAUUCGUUGUGGAGGGUUUAUUUGAAACGUCACCAGUUCGUGAUCUCUUUGAUCCAGCUUCUUCCUCCUCCUUUCUCAACUCAAGGUGUCGGUCGAAAGGCAAUAUGCUCAAGCCUGCAUUCAUGGGGACCCCCCAUGUUUCUCAGGUGUGCUUAUGAACACACCGUGGUGUUAUGGAGAAGUUUUAAAUGGGCCUUGCACUCUAAGAUAAUGGCUCCCCACCCAAGGCUUUCAGUCCUUCAUGGAGCAAGACAGGAACCAUCCAAGAAGACGCACAAAGUGCAGGGCUCUAGCCGGCAGCGUGCCGUGUCCUCUGUUUUUACCGUGUUGUCCGAUGAGAUGGGACUCAUAUGAAAUCUGCCACAGGAACCAAGAGGUUGUUGUUAAAUACUUUUUCAUACAUUAAACCUUCAUAUAAAAUCAUCUGUUUUGUUGUAUUCUUGCUUUGGGACUUAUGAGUGCUGAAAACU